AUGCGUAUAGCUAAGGUGCUAAAUGCCGUAAGAAAGAAGAAAAAUCACGGGCACGGCGUACUAAAUUUAGCUUUCGACAUGCAAGCGGAUACUAAGAAGUUUGAACCUGGUCAGCGGAUAACGGCGAGAGUCACCCAUGUUGACCUCAACCCACUGUCGGUGCAGUUCCAUCUCGCAAAUGGACAACUGGCGAAAUUGUGCGCUACGGCCAUUGCAAAUAAUUACGAAAAAGUCUAUACUCAUAUAACACAUUUUAAACGAAAUGGUAUAUUUCGACUUUACGCUCUUCGUCAAGAACUUAAUCCGUUGAGGAAUUAUGUAGUAGCAGAAGGAAGAUAUGAAUCUUAUCUCAAGCAAAAGGAGAACAAUGACAUUUCCGAUCGCAGGUCUCUGCUAAUAAAUCGAAGUGAUGUCCAAGUAGGAUUUACGUGUGAUGGUUUCAUUGUCAAACACACCCCAGAUGCUGUUGUUGUUGAGAUAGGACCAGGGAUUGUGGGACGAUUGCGGAAGGUGUCGCACCCGGAAAUCUCAACGACUCCUCUUAACUCAAUUGUUACCGUGAGAGUUCGUAAGAUUGAUGCGCAAGGUCUAAUCUCUUUAGCUCUAGUUGCCAUUGUAACUGAGGCGCCAACAGCAGUAAAGGACCGGAAACGUGUUGCUGAUAAGGAAGAUGUUGUUGUUGCUAAGAAAGAUAAA